AUGACAAUUAUACAUCGCCUACCUAUUACUACCAGGAGUGAACCUACAAAAGCGGCGGCUAAACCGAGGGAAGUUUCCUUUUAUUCAAGGACUUCUGAAAGAUACGGAGAAAUAUUGACUGAUAAUGAUUGCAACUUAAGGUACUACUACUUUCCUGAUGCUGAACUAGAGAAACCGUACAACUUAGCUCAAGGACGGAACAACUUCAUCAAUGCAAGGAGUCAAAUUAAAGAUGUGUGUUCAUUGGAAGGUGUACUUAAAUGUGUGAUUGAUGUUGAAAAGAAACAUGAUUCCAAAUUAAACGUCAAUGUUAUUACAUUUAGAGGGAUACUGAGAAAACUUAUAAUGGUUGCAUAUGAACAUAAUCCCAAGUUCAAUAAAAUCAAUUUUAGAGUUGUCUUUUUUGAUAAGCAAGUAUUUAUUAAGGAAAUCAAUGAAAAGGAAGAUAUCAGCAAUGCGAUAGAUGUCAAUUCCUAUACUGGUUACAAAUUUGAGGCACUCACUCUACUUAAUGAACCUAUAGCAUUUACUGAGAGAGAUAGUCUUGAUAGUAGAGCCGAUGCCUGUGUUUCAAAUGGCGAUGAAUACGUAUCUGUAGUGAAAACAGGUAUAGGUAAGCACAGAGUUCUGAUGGGCGGUGAAGUGGAUGGUAUAUAUGAUUUCAAAGAAGACGGUGCAGAUAAUCUCAAACAUUAUCUCGAAUUAAAAUGUACCAGGUCUUUAUCUAGUUACCAGGAUAUCGAGAAUUUUGAGAAGAAACUAUUCAAAACUUGGCUGCAAUGCUUCUUAAUUGGCAUACCACGGAUAACGUAUGGAUUCAGAGAUAGAUCUUAUAAUCUUACGUCCAUAGAAGAAUAUCUAACGGAAGAUGUUCCUAAAUUGUUCACCAAUAGGGGGGUGAAGGCUCAAUGUAUGGAUGCUAUCCAAUGGUAUGGAGAAAUAAUUGGAUGGCUUUACGAUACUUUAGCGCAUCUCGAAACGGAUGCUAACGAAAUCAGGCCUUUUAAGCUUUUAUUCAGUGGAAGUGAAUUGGAUCUAGUCGAAAUUCCAGCGAAGGACCCAGAAUAUGAUGAUAUUGUGAAUGGUGAAGCCGUAUUAACAAAUGAGUUCAAAGAAUGGAGAAGGAUAUUAAAAACUAAAUAG